CAGCAACAAUGGUGUCCUGUGUGUGAGCGUGUGGUUCUUAUUGACGGGAUAACAGAUGGACAUGUGGACUCGGAUCAAAGCCAUCAGCUGGGGACGAGUUCAUCCAUCACCUUCCUGAUUGUUUCACAGCAGAUUAAAUAAAUGUCCUCCUUUAGUCUGUGAGAUUAAAAACAACCUGAAACUAAAUAAUCUGUUUGUGGAAACAUCUGAUUCUUGAGUUUGUAGCGUUAAACUGAAUGUUUUAACAGCAGGUCAAAGGUCAACCAGCUGCUCUGACCUGUACUAUCAUCUGGGUCAUGGUUAAUCCAGCACUGAUGCUGGAGGAGGAUUCUGAUUGGCUGUGUGUGAGGUGAGGAGGCUGUCACCUGUAUCUCUGAGGCAAAACAGAGAUUACUCAGAAAUCUGAGCAAAUGUCAGACAGGAAAUCAGGGUGCUUUAGUUUCCUGUUAGCUAGACUCCUUCAAAAUAAAAGCGGUUGAUGUUGGGAGGACUUUUCCUGCUGUUUAAAUUUCAUCCUCAAAUGUUUUAAUCUGAAAAAUAAAAUGUUUUUCAAUGUUAAAUUUUUUAUCUGAAUUUGCACCCCCACUCUCCUACACACACACACACACACACACACACACACACAUCCAGCUGAGCACCCCGUCUAUAGCGACCCAGAUAUGCUAAACCUCUAACGACACGAUGAUGGUAGAAGAGCUCAAAGACCCGCUGAGUCCAGAAUAGGUCGAGACGCAACCACCAGCAGAACCUCUUUAAUCUUCUGUCCAGAACUCAUCAGAACUUCUCAGUUUCUGGUUGAUGAGCUCUGGGUUCUAACCCACCAGAUGAACCAGAGGAUGCGGUUCUGACUGGGAUCAACUCCGGUUUUUCUGGUGUUUUUCUUCUGAAUCACUUUGAGUUUGAAUAAAACAUUUAAAACUAUGUUCUCUUGUUUCUGUUCCUGAACCUUUUCACACGUUUAAUGAAGUCUUUUUUUAAAUAUUCUGGUGGAUCCUGAUCGGACUUCCAUGGUUCUGUUUGAGUCCAACUCACGUGAAUCUGUGCUGCUGUUAUCAGGAGUUCAGGCUGCUCCUCUGGGUUCAGGAGACCAGCAGGACCCAGUUGUGAGACCAAGUUAUGUAUCUGACCACUGUGUGUGAUGUCAUCACCUCCCGUAACGGCUGAUUUCAUCACGUAACGGCUGCUGUCAUCAGUUUAACAGCUGAUGUCAUCACCUCCUGUUAAAGCUGACCAAAUAUGUAAUGAAAUCUUAAUUGUGCUUUUACUGAAAUGCUAAACUAUUUUAAAACCAGCCAGCUUUUCCACACCUGUCUCUCUGUAGGUCAGGGGUAGGCAGUCCUGGUCCUGAAGUAUCCAGCAUGUUUUAGUUGUUUCCCUGCUUCUCAACACCUGAUUCAUUGGUUGAACCACCUGCUCACCGGGUUUUCAGGUUCUGUGGAAGCCUGGUAAUCAACUACGGAUUAAAAUCAGGUUAGUUGGAGCAAGGAAACAACUAAAACAUGCUGCCAGCCAGGACAGCAUGUCCCUGCUCUGGCUGUGCAGGUGUGGCUGUGCUACUAUGGUAACUAGGAGAGCUAACCAGUGGAAUAUCACGUGGUGAUGAAAGUAUAAACAAACUUUAAGUAGAGACUCCGCUCAGGUGAGUCUGACACCUGCAGGAGGAGCGGAACUGGACUCGUCUUGUUUGAUUGGUGGUCCGGAUCGAUUCAAUCUUCUUCGUUUUGCGGUUUAGUUUGCUCCCGCGACCCCGCCCCCGCCAGGGAGUCCGGGUCAGUGAAGCGAGUAGACCCAGACAGGACUCAGAUUCUGCCUCCCCCUCCCCCCUCCCUCUUAAACUUUGAAGACUUUCUGCGCGUGCCCGAGACGCAGUUCGGAUGUUUCGGGACUUUUUGGACUUUGGGAGCAGAACCGAACCGAGACCAGUACGCUGAGAGACUACUCUGGAGGAAGAUGAUCCUGCGGGGGGAGCAGCAACCGGUCCAGUGAGAUCAUGAUGGACUUUUAUUCUGAAGGAGUUGGUGGACGAUGGAGGCUCCACCCUGUCUUCUGGAUUGUUCUGUUCUGGAUUUCUCUGCACAGAACUGCGCUGGGCUGCUCCUCCACAAACUGUAACGUGGUGCUAAUGGAGGUCCAGGGGGAGUUCACGUCACCCUGCUACCCCCAGAAAUACCCCAACUGGCAGAACUGUAAGUGGACCAUUCAAGCCCCUGCUGGCUUCGUCAUCGAGCUCUCCUUUUUGGACUUCGAAGUGGAGGAGGCGCAAGGCUGCAUCUACGACCGGGUUGUGGUGAACACCGGUAGCACGGAGGUUAAGUUUUGUGGCUUGACGGCCCGCGGGUUGACACUGAACUCAACAGGGAACGUGAUGGAGGUGUCCUUCACAUCCGACUUCAGCAUUCAGAAGAAGGGGUUCAAAGUUAGCUUCCAACACGUCGCCGUGGCGUUGAGGAACCAGAAGGUGAAGAUAUCUGAUGGUAAUGGGCAGGUCAUCAGGGUCUCCAGCUCGGUCUCCAUACCAGCGCUCAGAGAACUGACGGUCUGCUUCGAGGUGGAGCGCACAGCGUACAAUCAGAGAGAGUGGCUCUUCUCCUACUACGACACCAGCAGCAAUGUGGCUCUGAGCUUCGGGUCCAGCCAGACCGGGAUGAAGAUGGUCGUUGACCAAGUGGUUUGCCCAGUUCAGUCAAUCGUCUCUGCUGCUGACUUCACGUCCACCAUGAAGCCCUUUUGUCUCCUCUGGAGAUCCUCCAGUGGACUGGUGGAAGUUUUCUUCAACAGGGCCUCCGUCAGCAUCAGCUGCUCGUCCUCUACUGGUCACACCGUUCCAGCUGGUGGAGUCUUCCAGUUAGGAGGUCAGCAGAGCUUCAGCGGGAACAUGUACAACCUACGGCUGUGGGAUCGGGCCAUGACGCUGCAGGAGCUGGACGCUCUGACCUGCGACACAGCGGGAAACGUCAUCGACUGGGACAACAGCAACUGGACCAUCCCGUCCUCACUGGCCCAGACCAACAACACACUCAGCUGCAGUAUGAACCAGCUGACCCCCCCUGGAGCAGGCGCCCCAGCUGCUGAUUCUUCCUCCUCCACCUCCCCCACUAACACCAGCCAGGCUACUAAUGCCGUCACCCACGUCUCCACCCCCUCCACUAGCAUGCUCCUAACCCCGCCCACCAGCUCCGCUAACGCCUCCAUCAGCUCCAGCGCUGCUUCAUCUGCAUCCAUCGCUGCCUCAGCCGGCAUCUCCACACCUGAGGAGAUCCACCGUCCUCCAAGCAAAGCUCCACCCUCAAGGUCCAAACACCAGGCCCAUGGUCUCCGUGAGGAAUUAACUGCUGCAGGAAUGUUUUACUCCAUAAUCAGACGAUUCCGGCCCGCUUCCGAUUCCAGCCGCCUUGGAAGAACCAUCCAUGGUUGCUGUUCUAUUACGCAGAACCCCAGAGACUCAAGACAUCAGCCCAGACCCUUCAUCCAGGCUCCUUGGCCUAGGUCUUCUCGGGAACCCUCCUAUCCCAGACCUCUAUCCCACCGAAACCCUAGGCCUUCCCUGGGGUUAAUUUCCACCCCUCUGAGGAAACGGCGAGGAGGAAGACGCCCCGCCCCCACCAGGGCGAUGCCCAUUAGGCUGGCGGUUCAGGUCACCAAACCCACUGUCCCUCUAUUUGGACUCACCAGAGACAGGCCUCCAGCGGGAAACGUGUUCCUCAUUAACGUGUCCGCUCCUUUAUCCCGACCGAUCGUUGUUAACCAACCGGUCACUCCGGAGAAAUUCCCAACAACCACCCCAGACUUAGGAACCCGUCCUGGAUCACAGGCAUCUGUUCUGCCUCAGGACCCGUCUCCAUGGCAACGUAAAGACGGGCUGUUCUUUGGGGUUUUCAUGUUGGUGAGGUCACCGCUGAGUCAGCAGGAGGUGGAGCGGGCCGUGGCUCUGGGGCUGAAUGAAAGUCUCCGCGGCUGGAGUUUUUCUGUAGAGGACUUCAGGGUUUAUUCUGGCAAGCCGACAGGAAACGCGACCAGUUUCAGCUGCCAGUUCCUGCUGCUGAUCACCAACGAGAGCCUGGAUGGAGCCUUCAUCCUGGAUCAGCUGUCCACCCGGAUGCAGCUGGUCGGUGCCGGCCCGCAGGUCCAAAGCAGCGGCCUUUCCGUCCACUUAGCAGGAAACUGUAAGGAGGAGAACGCUCUGGACUACUUGUGGCCGGAGACCAGACCCAGAACCACCCAGUACCUGCCCUGCUUCCCCAACAAGGACCAGAGAGCCUCCAGAAGCUGCCUGAUUAAGCUAGAGGACUACAGCUCCGUCUGGUCCCCCGCCGACUUAACCAACUGCACAGUUACAGCAGAAAACGCCGCCAUCGUGGCGGAGCAGCUCAUUAACUUCACCAACAGCAACCUGACCAAAGAGAAGGUGUCUCAAGCGGUGACCAAGGUGCGGGAACUGGUGAGUUUGGAAACGAUCGACACGGCAAUGGCCAAAACCGUUGUCCACAUCAUCUCCAACGUCAUGUCCAACGUCAACGUCACCUCGGAGACGCCUCUGGUGAACAAGAGGGCGCUGAAGGCUGUGGAGAGGUUGGCUCAGAAAGUCACAUUUGAAGGUCCGUCCAUCAACAUCACCUCCAAACAUCUGGCUUUGGGAAUCCUGGCUCUCAACACUUCGAAUUUCAAUGGAACGUCCUUCAGCGCCUUCCUCCCUCCAAACUCCAGCGCCCCUCAGAUUGGCUUCGAGCUAACGGCUAACGCAUUAGCUCAAGUGACGCUUCCCCCGUCUCUGCUGUCCGGAGUCGUUAUGAGCGAAAUCGAGAGGUCCUCCCUGUCCAGGAUCAACUUCAGGUUCUUCAGCAGCACAAACCUCUUUGAGAAAAGGCAGAAAGAUUCGUUCCUGAACAGCUACGUGGUAGCAAGCAGUGUUGGGAACUUUUCUAUUAACGACCUGAGAGAUCCUGUGAAGAUUGAGAUUUCUCACCUGACUAAACAGGUGUCAUCGGGUAGAAAGUGUGUGUUCUGGGACUUCAGCUUGAACGGGGGCAACGGAAGCUGGAACGAGCGCGGCUGCAGGGUGGCGGAAGGAACGAGCAGCAAAACUGUCUGUCUUUGUGACCACCUGACUCACUUUGGCAUCCUGAUGGACGUUUCUCAGGCCUCCUCCAGAAUUGACUCGGAGAACAAGAAGGUUCUCACCUUCCUGUCCUACAUCGGCUGUGGCGUCUCGGCCGUCUGCUCCGCCGCCACGCUGCUCACCUACGUUGCCUUCGAACAGCUACGGCGGGACUACCCGUCCAAGAUCCUGAUGAACCUCAGCACGUCGCUGCUGUCCCUGAACAUGGUGUUCCUGCUGGACGGAUGGCUGGCCAGCCUGGACAACACCCAGGUGUGUUUGUCCGUGGCCGUGCUCCUGCACUACUUCCUGCUGACCUCCUUCACCUGGAUGGGUCUGGAAUCUGUCCACAUGUACAUCGCCCUGGUCAAGGUCUUCAACACCUACAUACGCAGAUACAUCCUGAAGUUCUGCAUCAUCGGAUGGGGUCUUCCUGCAGUUCUGGUUGGGAUCAUCGUCACGGUGAAUAAAAACUUCUACGGAGUUCUGAGGGACGGCGGAGACCCGUCAGCAAAAAUAUGCUGGAUCAGAGAUGCGAGUGUGUUCUACUCCACCUGUGUCGGCUACUUCUGCCUGGUCUUCCUGCUCAACGUGGCGAUGUUCUUCGUGGUGAUGACGCAGAUCUGCGGCCGGAACGGAAAACGCAGCAACCGCACGCUGCGGGAAGAGGUCCUCAGAAACCUGCGGAGCGUCGUGAGCCUAACCUUCCUGCUCGGGAUGACGUGGGGCUUCGCUCUGUUUGCUUGGGGACCUGUCUACCUGGCCUUCACCUACCUGUUCACCAUCUUCAACUCUCUUCAAGGUCUCUUCAUCUUCAUCUUCCACUGCGCUCUGAAGGAGAACGUCCAGAAGCAAUGGAGACGGUCCCUCUGCUGUGGCCCCUACAGGCUGUCCGACAACUCAGACUGGAGUAAGACAGCCACCAACAACACCAAGAAGGUGAGCUCAGACAACCUGGCCCUGUCCUCCAGCUCCUUCGGGUCCGGUACCUUCAACUGGACAGCCAAGGCUAAAGCUACGCUAACGCCGUUCUCCAAACGCCACAAGAACAGCGGAAAAUGUUUCUCCGGUCAGAGCGGACUCGUCUGCACCUCCUCCUCCUCUUCCUCAGAUGCUGAGCCUAACUCCUCCUCUUCCUCCUCCAUCCUCCCUGUCAGCCAGAUGAUCGAUAAGGUCAAAGGUUACUGCUCCACGCGCACCGACAACUUCUACAAGAACAUCAUCAUGUCGGACAGCUUUGUGAACUGCACCAGGCUCUGAAGGUUCUGGUGGGACCUGGACCCGGCCUGGAUGUCCUCCUGUCCUCUUUAAGGGUCUUCCAGUCAAAGAACUUUCCAUGUGUAAAUAUUCCUGACUGUAGGUGGGAUAGGGACUUCCUUUCAGCGGAAGAUUCUUGGAAUAAAGAAAGUAAAAUGUUUUAUUCUUCCUGGACUGAUUCUGGAACGUUUUCCAUCCAGGAGAAGCGGCUCCAACUUUCUACACCCAAAACUUUAAAAGAGAAUUCAUCUUUUGUUUUUAUUGAUUAUCAUGAAACAAAGUUUGCUCCUGUAGGAGCUUAGAAAUGGGAAUCCAGGAGGAAAACGUCACGGAGCAUCUGGAGUCGGAUUAUAGCUUCCCAUCUCUAAAAUGUUCCUAAAGUCUUCUCCAGAACUUUUCAUUUUUCCAUCAUUUAGCUGAGAGAAAAGGGAACAGAUUCAUGGAAUGGGUUGGUUUGGGAACGUCACAUUUCUGUUUUUCAGCUUGAGCCGGGAUGAGUAUCGGCUCUUCCAGGUCAGAGGUUCUGGUAGCUCCGAAUAGAGUUGCUGCUCCUCAACAUACAGCUCAGGUUCUGAUCCAGAAGACUCCUGGUCUCCUCCCAUGCCAACAGGGAGGAGACCCAGACCCUCAGGUAGGAAUCUUUAUCCCAUCUGGUCCAGGAACACCUCCGGAUCCUCUAGAAGGAGCUGUAGAUAAAAGGGAAUCUUCCAGAAUUUUGUAAACUGAUCGGGAUUAUCCGACUUAACCUGGAUUCUGAGUUGAGAGGAACAAGCUGGAGUUCAGAUCCGGGAAUCUCCGGAUGGAGGAGUUUCAGACACCCUGAUGUGAUUCUACUGUAUGACCCGACAGAACCGCUGUGGGAAACAUGACUGGGAUGUUUGUAAACAUCUUAUUCGUGUUCUAACAUUCCAGAGCUGAGACACGAGUCCUGGAAGGGUUCAGUCCCGAUCAUGAGUCAGUCUCUGUUUGGAAAACCGCUGACAGAACGUAGACAACAAACCGGAUCAUGUCCUGAUGAACAAAACAGUUCAGGAACAAGUUUUCCUGUUUUUUUGGGAAUGAUUGACCAUUUUCCUCCAGCGAUGCUUCAUGUGGAAGUUGAAGCUUCAUGUGUUGGAAAAGACGUUUUUAUUGUGUUUCUCAUCAAAAUGUUCAGAAAACGAUUCCAACAAACUUUAUUAAAAGCUCGGAGUAGAGCCGCUGCUCCUCCUCAUCGGAUCGCCUCCUGGUCUCCUCCCAGUGGAACAGACCUCGGACACUGGAGCGUUGAGGAGGUCUUCUAUCGCCUAAACUGACGUCGUGAUAAAGGGACAUAAAUGUGGGAAUUUGUUUGUUUAGUUGUUUUUUAAGAAGAUUUAAUGAAGUUUUUUGUUCUUGUUCCGACUUUUUGGUUUUUAGAGUUUAGAGUGAAAACAAAAACAUUUGUUACUCGGAGUCAGCCGGGUCCGGUCAGUGGUUCAUCAGGAACGCAUCGCUCCAGCCGGCCGGCUCUCUCACACACACACGCACACACUCACACACACAGCUGGUGUGAUGCUGCACACACAGAAACAGGAAUCAGAUAUCAUUAUGGUCAGAAAAUGGAAAAAUGAGUGUGAGACAAAACAGAUUUCCGAAAGGAAAACCAGAACUAUUCCAUUCUCUUCCUUUAAACUCACACGAAUGAAUUUAGUUUCCUUGUUUGUCUCUGGGGUCAAAGGUCAGCGUGGUCUCUGAGGUGAGGAGGACGUUUGGUUGUUUAAUCUCAGCUGCUGCUGGUAAAGUGGGAAUCUGACAGUUUUCUGGAGCUCUUCACACUGAAGAACCGAUAAAAGGAAUGUUUGGUCCAAAAAUGAAAAGUUUUAUUCACCUCUGAAACCUCAUCCAAUCACGGUGAACUUCCUGUUCGUAACAUUUGGAUCCUGAUGCAUUAAUCAAACUGUGCUGUCUGGGAAUGCAUGUGAGUGAGUUCCAGUCGGGUUCUGGAAGUUUCUACUUGUUAACCACAGAGUUUAACCCAGACUGCCAGCAGCAAGAUGAGACGAAAGCACAGUUUGGGGGGUGGCAUUGACCUGGAGUGUAGCUCAGCAGGUCUGUGUGUGGCGCUCAUGUGUGUUUCUGCAGCCAUCACACUCUGGGGGCGGAGCCUGAGAAGGAGCUGUCUCAUUUUCCAAACUGUAGCUAGCGUUUCCCGAGAACGUGACUGCACAAUCAGUCCAUUUGUCUUUUGACUGUUUUCAUUUCAUUUGUUUUAUAUGAAGUAAAAACAUAUUUGAACGUUUCUGAGACUCAUGCUGCUGUUAAACCCUGUAUGGAGCUAAGUCUGUACCAAAACUUUGUCUGGUUAAAACGUUUCAACUUGAAAAAGAAUUUCAAAAUGAAGAAUUUUGUAAAACAAAAAAUGCAUUUCAAAUAAAAAUACAAUCAAACUAAAUGAAUAAAGUUCAUUUGAAUGUU